AUGCCUGGCUUCGACUUCUCCAACCACAACCGCAAUGCAGCUCUGCACGCACAAGGAGUGCAGUUACCAAAAGCCACCAGCACCGGUACAACGAUCGUUGGAGCUAUAUUCGAUGGAGGAGUCGUCAUAGCAGCAGAUACAAGAGCUACAUCUGGACCAAUAGUAGCAGACAAGAACUGCGAGAAAUUGCACUACAUCGCUCCCCAAAUAUGGUGCGCAGGCGCUGGAACAGCUGCAGACACAGAAUUUACCACUGCCAUCAUCUCAUCCAACCUCGAACUCCACGCUCUAUCAACAGGCCGCAAACCCCGCGUCGUCACGUGCAUGACUAUGCUGAAGCAACACCUUUUCCGACACCAAGGCCACAUCGGUGCAUAUCUCGUGGUUGCUGGUGUUGAUCCGACAGGGGUUGGCCUCUUCACCGUACAUGCUCACGGCAGUACCGACAAGCUCCCUUAUGUCACCAUGGGAUCUGGAUCUUUGGCAGCGAUGGCGGUGUUUGAGACACAAUGGAAGCAGAAGAUGACUAGGGAAGAGGCUAUAAAGCUGACAUCGGACGCCAUUCAAGCUGGUAUCUUCAACGAUCUGGGGUCCGGGUCAAAUGUUGAUGUUUGUGUGAUUACGGCGGAGAAGACGACACUGAUGAGGAACUAUAUUACUCCAAACCAACGAGAGUUGAAGCAGCGGGAUUACAAGUUCAAGCGUGGUACCACGGCUGUGCUAAACGAGAAGAUCAUUACGAGGGAGGAGAUCAGCAAGUACGUUACGGUACAUGAGCUAUCAUCAGAUGAUGAUGUAGUCGUUGUGGAGAAGAUGGAUAUCGAUGCAUGA